AUGGAGAAAACUAUAGAGAGCCAGACAGAGCUCCCUCAGGCAACACGGACGCAAUCGGAGCCUUAUACGGUGUUUACGAAAUAUCAAGUUUACUACAUUGUGUUUACGGCGUCAUGGGCUGGGCUCUUCUCGCCGAUCUCUGCGAAUAUUUAUUUCCCGGCCUUGAACACACUGGCGGAUGAUUUGCACGUGUCAAGCUCACUUAUCAAUUUGACGGUUAUGUCGUAUAUGAUCUUUCAAGGUCUUGCGCCGAUGUUCAUCGGCGACUUUGCAGAUGUCGUUGGUCGUCGGCCAGCUUACAUGGCCUGCUUCGUCAUCUAUACAGCAGCGAACAUUGGACUGGCGUUGCAAAGCAAUUACGCUGCCUUGUUCGUUCUUCGGUGCAUGCAGAGCUCAGGGAGUAGCGCCACUAUCGCUUUAUCGUCAGGCGUCGUCUCUGAUAUCGCGACGGCCGCCAAGCGCGGAUCAUAUAUUGGUCUGGUUACCGCAGGAUCGUUGCUUGGACCUAGUCUAGGACCCGUGAUUGGCGGUCUUCUGGCGCAGUAUCUGGGAUGGAGGGCUAUUUUCUGGUUUCUCACGAUCAUGUCAGGUGUCUUUAUGGUUCAAUUUGUUCUCUUCUUCCCGGAGACUAGUCGUCGGGUUGUUGGGAAUGGGUCUCUGAUGCCACAGAGGUGGAAUCUGUCAGUCAUGGACUAUAUGAAGUCCCGAAAACACACAGAAACAACUGUUACUGAAGACACAAACACGGGCAAUCGACCUAAAUUCCGCGGCCCCAACCCGAUUCAAGCUCUGCGCAUCUUAUUCGAAAAAGACACCUCGCUGCUCCUGUUCGUCAACGCGAUCCUCUUUGCCGGAUACUACGACAUCACCGCCUCGCUACCCUCCCUCUUAUCCGAGAUCUACGGCUACAACGACCUCCAGGUCGGUCUUUGCUACAUCUCCAUCGGCACAGGCUGCUUUAUAGCCGCCUACUCAAACGGCUAUCUUCAGGACUGGAAUUUCCGUCGGACAGCUCACAGACUGAACAUUGAACUCGUCGCCAACCGUCAAACAGAUCUAACCGCUUUCCCAAUCGAACGCGCCCGCGUACAAGUUAUGGUUCCACCGCUCGUGGUAGGCUGCGUUGCCGUGAUCGCCUUCGGCUGGGCCGCGCAUUACGAGACGCAUAUCGCUGCGCCACUGGUGAUCCUGUUCUUCUGUGGCUUGUGUCUCAGCAUGGCGUUCAAUACCGUGAGCACGUUGCUGAUAGACUUUUAUCCCGGAAAGGCGGCGACGGCGACCGCUGCGAACAAUCUUUGCCGGUGUCUCUUAGGAGCGGGGGCUACGGCGCUGAUUGUCCCGAUGAUCGACGGCAUGGGGAGGCAAUGGUGUUUUACGUUUAUCGGACUAGUUAUAAUGAAAGGAAAAGCUGCUUCGAAUCCGGUAGUGCUCUACUGGCACCGCACCGACCUACGACUGCAUGACUCGCCCGCCCUACACGCAGCACUGAACCUGAAACCCUCGAUCUUUCUUCCCGUCUGGACAUGGGAUCCGCACUAUGUGUAUCGGGCGCGUGUCGGGCCUAAUCGCUGGAAUUUUCUGAUUCAAUGCCAGAGCGACUUAUCGAAGUCGUACACGAAGUUGAACCCGAAGCAGAAGUUAUGGGUUGUGCGCGAAGCGCCGCAGACUGUGCUCCCGAGGUUAUGGAAGGAGUGGGAUGUGACGCAUUUGGUGUUUGAGAAGGAUACGGAUGCUUAUGCGCGGGAUCGCGAUGAGGCCGUGAUGCGCUUGGCUAAGGAGGCUGGGGUCGAGGUCGUUGUGAAGAUGGGGAGAAACUUGUUCGACCCGGAUGAAGUCGUCCAGAAAAACGGUGGGAAGCCGACGAUGAGCAUGAGUCAGAUUGAGAAGGCCGUUGAGGGGAUGAAUAAGGGGAGGCCAGCGGAGGUGGUCGAUGCGCCGGAGGAAAUCCCGGAUCCGUGGGACGAGAAGAAAAUGGAUUUGAGUGGUCUGGAGCCCGAUGGUGUUGAUCCCAAUCCAGAUGUUAAUCAGAAGUAUCGAACGAAGAAGGAUGAGCAAUAUGUCAAGAUCAUGGGGCCGAAAGAUGACUUUGGAGUGCCAAAUUUGCAGGAAAUCGGAAUCGAUCCGUCACAGAUCACAACGCCACAUAAAGGAGGCGAGAAGGAGGCACUGAAUAUUUUGAGUGAUUAUAUCAAAGACGAUGAGUACGUCGGGACAUUUGAGAAGCCCAAAACAUCGCCUGCCGCGUUCCAGCCACAAUCAACUACCCUGCUGUCGCCACAUCUGCAUUUCGGCAGUUUGUCUGUUCGAAAGUUCUGGUGGGAGGUCCAAUCUGUUCUAGAGGACCGAGCAAAGCGAAAGAAAGCAAACUCUACGAUACCCACAAACCUACCCGGACAGCUCCUAUUUCGUGACAUGUACUUCGCAGCACAAGCAGCUAUUGGACAUUCUUUCUCGCGGACAUAUGGAAACAAGGUUGUUAGAUUCAUUGACUGGCACCUUCAAUCAACCGAUAUUGAGACAUCUGGGAAGGAACAGCCGGCAGACAGGACCUACGUGGUCGAUUCCGAAGAAGCAGAGAUAUGGUUUCGCAGGUGGAGAGAUGGCAGAACAGGCUUUCCGUGGAUUGACGCGUUGAUGCGCCAGCUCAAGCAGGAAGGCUGGAUACACCACCUAGGUAGACACAGUGUUGCCUGCUUUCUAACACGCGGAGGAUGCUACGUGAGUUGGGAGAGGGGCGCGGAAGUGUUCCAGGAAUGGUUGCUCGAUCAUGAAGAAGCUUGUAAUAUUGGCAACUGGAUGUGGCUUUCCUGCACAGCAUUCUUCGCGCAGUUCUACCGAUGCUACUCGCCCGUCUCAUUUGGCAAGAAAUGGGAUCCCAAAGGGGAGCUUAUCCGUCACUACGUUCCUGAACUGUCAAAGUUCGAUAAGAAAUAUAUCUAUGAGCCGUGGAAGGCUCCCAUUCCCGACCAGAAGAAAUGGGGAUGUCGGGUUACGGGCGACGGAAGCGAGUCCGACAAUGAUGAGAUAAAGACAUAUCCCAAACCCAUGUUUGAUUUCGAUGAGCGAAGACAGAUCUGUCUUGACAGUAUGAAAAAUGCAUAUGAUAUCGGACUUCACGGAGACGACAUGUGUGUGAAGGACGGGUCGUGGAGAGAGGACUUCGAGGGGGGAGAUGAGAAACAGGAUGGUACUGAGAGUGACAUACGGCAGGGCCGGGAAAAGAGACGGAAACGCAUCUGGGGCAUCCGCGCCUCAAUUGGUGGCUACUACUCAUCUGAUGAUGAGUUGCUCAAGGACGCCAUGGACGCGCUCUCCCUCGCCCGCCCCGACAAGCAGAUCGUCCGGAGGUCUCCGAGUGACGCUAAACCCAAAGCAGACGAUCCCUCCCUCCUCCUCCGUGCGACGCCUAUCAUCUCAUUCUUCAUUCAACCGCUCGUUCUAAGCAUUAAAUCAUCAAGGAGGUUGUCACAUCUAUCUCUAUCUACUGAAGUGCCAAUUAUGGGUUGCGGAUCUGGCUGUUGCAAACCAACGGGUCCACCCGGCACCUCCGCCGUCUCGUCGCCUGAGACACUCGAGGUGCGAUCGUCUAUCAAGAAUCAACUCUGCGAUAAACCGACAGACAAAGGAAAGGGAAUCGAUGAGUCUGUCAUUGAGGGAGAUCCCAUCCUCGAUACCUGCUGUGCUCGAAAACCGAUUCAAGCAAUCCACAAAAAGGAUUGCUGUUCUAUUGUGGAGCAGUCCCCCCAGGGAAAUGAAGAAUCCAACAGACCCAGUUGUUGCAAAUUGAAGGCUUCGCCGUGCUGCGACACGUCCUGUCUUGGCCUUCUUGCCCUUCGUGAAUGCGAAAGUGGGGAAACGCGUGCUGCGCUGCAAAGAUCCACCUCCAGAGCGGAAUCUUCCACCAAGAGACGUCCUCAAUCGAAAACAAGCAGCCGUGAUGGCAGCCCUGUAGGAAACAGUGCUUACGAGAAGACCUGCUGCGCCAAGCCUGCAAUCGUUGGUGUCACUAAGUCGUGCGCAGAUGCAUGUUGCUCAGAUGAGAAUGCGCAAAAAUUGAAAGAGCCAUUGACUGAAACAGCAUCGGUCUCUCUUGAUCCAGAAAAAGGGAUUCCGAGCCAGGAGCAUGUCAUCCUUAGUAUUUCCGGCAUGACCUGUACAGGAUGCGAAAAAAAGCUCAAACGAACCCUUGGCAUGGUCGACUCAGUGAAGAACCUCAAAACAAGUUUGGUUCUUGCUCGAGCCGAGUUCGAUCUUGAUCUUCGUCUUGGUUCCAUCUCCGAUGUUAUGAAACAUCUGGGAAGAACCACAGAGUUCAGAUGUGAGAGAGUGAGCAGUAAAGGCUCCAUCAUCGACCUGAUCGCUCCUUGCGAUUCGCAUCAGUUCAUUGAUCGUCCCUGGCCUAAUGGUGUCACUGAUAUACGGGCAGUUGACAAGAACACGGUCAGCGUCACCUUUGAUUCAAAAAUUGUCGGUGCAAGAGAUCUCGUUGAAAAAGGUUGGGAGUCACCUCUAGAACUCGCCCCCUUUCGUGAUGACCCAACUCUCGAAGCGGGCAGUAAACAUGUCCGGUAUGUCGGAUGGAUGACUUUACUAUCGAUCCUCUUGACAAUUCCAGUUCUUGUCAUGGCUUGGGCUCCUCUUCCAAAACGGGAGAUUGCGUACAGCUCGGCAUCUUUGGGCUUGGCAACCAUUGUGCAGCUCGUCAUCGCCGGGCCAUUCUACCCGAAAGCGCUGAAGAGUUUGGUCUUCUCUAGAAUGAUAGAAAUGGACCUACUGAUCGUCCUGAGUACAACUGCGGCCUACGUAUUCUCCAUUGUUUCAUUUGGUUACUUAGUUGUUGGGCGUCCACUUCCAACUGAUCAAUUCUUUGAAACAAGCACUUUAUUGGUGACCCUGAUCAUGGUCGGUCGGUAUGUCAGUGCCUUGGCUCGGCAGAAGGCUGUUGAGUCGAUAUCUAUUCACUCCUUACAAGAGUCUACUGCGGUACUGGUUGGCGAGUCUGGAGAUCUCGAGGUAGACAUCAGACUCCUACAGUACGGUGACAUUUUCAAGGUUACGCCUGACGCUAGAAUCCCGACGGACGGUACGGUCAUUUCUGGGGCUUCCGAGAUUGACGAGUCUAUGAUGACCGGGGAGUCCAAUCUAGUUUCGAAAUACAUCGGAUCUAUGGUGAUUGCCGGUUCUAUUAACGGAUCAGGAGUGCUCCAUGUUCGGCUAACUCGCCUUGUUGGGGAUAACACCGUAAGCACGAUUGCUGGCAUGGUUGAUGAAGCCAAGCUAUCCAAACCAAAAAUUGAAGAUAUCGCCGACCGCGUUGCCAGCUAUUUCGUUCCAGCCGUUAUCGCCCUGACAGUUCUCACUUUUGUCAUCUGGGUGGCUGUUGGUGUUGGGAUCCGGAACCAAACUGGCGCAGAGGCAACAGUCCAGGCCAUGACAUAUGCCAUCACCGUGCUGAUUGUCUCCUGUCCCUGUGCUAUCGGCCUUGCUGUUCCGAUGGUCAUUGUAAUUGCAAGUGGUAUAUCUGCUGAGCGAGGCGUUGUGUUCAAAUCUGCAGACAGCAUUGAGGUGGCCCACAAAACCUCGCAUGUCGUCUUUGACAAAACUGGUACACUAACACAAGGCAAGCUGUCGAUCAAUCAGGAAACCUAUACCAAAAACGGCUGCGUCUCCGCCAAAUCGCUACUUCUUGGGCUGGUGCACGAAAAUAAACACCCUGUGUCGAUAGCUGUGGCCAAUCACCUAAAAGAUCAAGGCUUGCUCCCUUCCAGCGUGUCUGAUCUAAAGGUAGUGACAGGCAAAGGGGUCGAGGGCACAUCAUCUGGCCUGGUUCUUCGCGCAGGUAACUCCCGCUGGCUGAAUCUCUCCUCGGAUGCUCGAGUUCAGCCAAUGCUACAACAAGGUUUCACCGUUUUCUGCUUCACCAUCAACGCCUCCCUUGCUGCUAUCUUUACCCUCGAAGAUACUCUUCGCCCUGACUCUGCCUCGGCCGUCACGACUCUCCUCGAGCGCGGAAUAUCUAUACACAUUGUCUCUGGCGACGACGACGGUGUUGUCCGCUCCAUUGCCAGCACUUUACAAAUUCCAGUCACAAAUGUCCGCUCGCGAUAUACCCCCGCCGACAAACGCACAUACAUCCAGAACCUUCUUUCCCAGCCUUCCACCAACCCGAGACCCACCCAACCAGUCGUCAUAUUCUGCGGCGACGGCACAAACGACGCAGUCGCCCUCUCGGCGGCCACAAUCGGAGUCCACAUGAAUGAAGGCACCGAGAUCGCCAAAUCCGCCGCCGACGUGGUCCUCAUGCGUCCUAGCGUCACCGGCAUCUUAACCAUCAUUAGCAUCAGUCGCAAAUCUAUCAAUCGCAUCCGAUUCAAUUUCGGGUGGAGUUUCGUAUACAAUCUCUUUGCUAUAUUGCUUGGCGCGGGAGCUUUUGUCAAUGCCAGGAUUCCGCCUAGGUUUGCGGGGUUGGGCGAGCUGGUUAGCGUUGUGCCAGUCGUUGUUGCAGCUGUUGCGUUGAGAUUCGAGAGGCUUUGA